ACAUAUUUCAGUUUAUACUUAAUUAAUUCUGUGAAACUAUCUUAAAUAAUCCACAAUAAAGAUGAGAGCGAUGACACAUACAUAGUUAAUUAUCACAAUUGCUAAGUUAAAUAAAAAAAAAAAACAAAACCGGCCAACAUAACAGGAAAACGAUUAAGAAACUGGUAUUGCUCAGUCGCCUAAGGACUUCCCAGCGAGAUGGUUUUCUGGCCCUGACGUGUUUUAUUAUUACUAGAAAACUAAUAAUAGUUCCUCUGAUAUCAAACUAAUGACAUAUGCAUGUCCAUUCGGUAAAGUGUGGUUGUGAUAAGUGAUAAAGUGUGUUGUAAAUAAAAUGUUCCGUUAUUUAAUUGUUUUGGCGUUUUUUGCUUCCCCACCGGUUCUGACAGCGGUCUACCCCGACCGGAUAAACUUUUGCAGUAAGAAUGAAUUUUCAUGCACGGACGGCGCAUGCGUGAGCCUGGACCGGCGCUGCGACGGUGCACGUGACUGCGCCGACGGCAGCGAUGAAUACACGUGCGCACUCAGUUCAAAUCAAUUAGAUCUUCAGGAUCUGGUGCUGCAUCGACACAGGCGGCAGUCCGGCUGUCGUAAAAACCAGUGGCGCUGCCGCGACGGAACCUGCAUUCCUUUCGACGGCAAGUGCGACGGUGUGGUCGACUGCCCCGACGCGAGCGACGAAACGCACGCUCUCUGCCGAAAUAUGCGGUGCCAGUCAAACCUGUUCCGUUGCUCGUACGGCGCGUGCGUAGAUGGUACGGCGCCGUGCAGUGGUGCGCAGGAGUGCGCGGACGGCUCUGACGAGCUCCUGCCGCGCUGCAGGAACGAGACGCAAGUAGUCAAAGGCAAAUUUAAUUGCAAGAAUGGUGAGAAGAUAUCAUCCACAGACCUGUGCGAUGGUGUGAAGAAUUGUGCAGAUGGUUCUGAUGAGACGUUGGAGUCCUGCGCAGGACGACGCUGCGCACCGUAUCUGUUCCAGUGUGCGUACGGCGCAUGCGUCGAUGCUGAUGCUGAAUGUAAUGAGGACGGCACUCUGCAUUGCGCAGACGGCUCAGACGAGGCGGACGAGCUCUGCAACAGAACGACGACGCCCACAAACACGGCAUCCAAAUGCGUGUUACCCGACUUCCCAGAGCACGGCACGUACACCGUGGCAGGGCGCGCGGCGCGGCCAGGGCUGGUGCUCGACUCGGUGACGCUGAGCGUGACGUGCGAGCCGCCCUACCGCCCCAACGGCCCGGCGCAGUCGCACUGCGCUAACGGACAGUGGUACGCUCCUGUACCGGAAUGUAAACGCUUCUGCAAGCUAACUCAACAUCCCAGCGUCACCUACUCCUGCAAAAUCACCGACUCCAACAUUCUGAGCGGCGACAGAAAAUGCAAUGAAUAUGAGCCAAGCGGCACCGAAGUCCAUCCCCAUUGCAACGACAACUAUUACCACAAUGGCGUCCUUAGCUACAUGUAUUGCAUCGACGGAUCCUGGGACCAUGUGGCUACUUGCGAACCAGAAUGUGGAACCCUGACGCCCAAAGGCGAACAGCUGGUGAUCAACGGCGUGAAUGCAGAGCGUGGUGAACUACCCUGGCACGCCGGUAUAUAUGACAAGAGAUUUACGCCUUUCAUGCAGAUCUGCGGGGGAUCACUGGCUUCAACUACAGUCAUUAUAUCAGCGGCGCAUUGCUUCUGGAACGACGUGGAACGCGUGCUGCCGGCGAAGUACUUCGCGGUGGGCGUGGGCAAGCUGUACCGGCCGUGGAAUAUUCAGGAGGGCGGACAGAAAUCAGACGUAAGCGACAUAAAGGUGCCGCCUCGAUUUUCUGGUGCGGCCAGCAACUUCCAAGAUGACAUCGCGCUGGUCAUUCUGGUGACGCCAGUGGUGCUGGCCAACUAUAUACGCCCCGUCUGCGUCGACUUUAGCGUGCUGUUUGAAGAGCGGCAGCUUCGACCUGGGAAUGUUGGCAAGGUGGCCGGCUGGGGCUUGACUUCAGAAGAUGGCAAUGCAUCACAAGUUCUCAAGGUGACAGAACUGCCGUACGUGGACGUGGAGCAGUGCAUCGCUGACCUUCCUUUCGACUUCCGUAGCUACAUUACCAGCGACAAAAUAUGCGCAGGCACUAGGAAUGGCACGGCCCUCUGCAAAGGUGACAGCGGCGGCGGGCUAGUAUUUCCUGAGGUCGAACGCAGCGUGCAACGAUGGUAUCUCCGAGGAGUGGUCUCUACUGCUCCUAGCAACGGACACAAAUGCAAUGCUAAUUCGUAUACCAGCUUUACACAGCUGCUUAAGCAUGACGACUUUGUUAGGAAACAUCUUAAUAACAGGAGUUGAUAAUUGUAGUUGGUACCGACGCAUACCAAACUAGACUGGGGGCCGUCAUAACUCAAAACACUCCACGAGUAUGUUAAUGUGGAGAAUUGAUAAUCUAUACAUUUCUAUCUCAAUGUCCAUUCAUUGCUCUCGAGUGUAGUCCUGGUAAAAGAAAGUCCUCGCCUCUAAGACUUGAUGUAUUUUUUACUUUUGUAUUUUUAUCUAAGCUUGAACUGUAGCAAACUAUACAGAAUUGAGUCUUCUCUAGAGACGUUAAAGAACAACACAACAACAAGAAUAUUAAAAUCAUUUGUGAUCUUUAAUGUAAAAAUCCAAGUGUUUGACAGUCUAAUACUAAUAGUUAACAGUCAAUUUUCUCCAUUUCGCUGGGAAUUAAGAUUGAAGAUGAUAACUAUUAGGACGUUUUUGUUACGUAAUAGUCAAUUUGCUCACGAUUAACGUCAAGCUCUUUUUAGUGUUAUGACAUUAAUUUAUAUUUUAAAGUUUUUAUUUUAAAUAAACUAUCAUAUACGCUAAACAUAAACAUUUUCUUCGCCCGGAAUACCUACUAUUUCGUACGGGGCUUGAUAUAAAAAGAUAUGUAAAAAUGAUUAUAUUUAAGGCGUAUGCUCAACUUAUAUAAAUACUGACAAAAUAAAACCAAGUUCUAAAGUUUUAAA